AUGGCCCUCAUUGUCGACAAGCACCGUCCACGCUCCCUCGAAGCCCUCACAUACCACCCCGAGCUCUCCGAUCGGUUGCAGUCCCUUGCACAAAGCGGCGACUUCCCGCACCUCCUCGUCUACGGCCCGUCGGGCGCGGGGAAGAAGACGCGCAUCGUUGCCACGCUCAAGGAGCUGUACGGGCCGGGCGUGGAGAAGAUCAAGAUCGACGCGCGGGUGUUCCAGACGACGAGCAACCGCAAGCUCGAGUUCAACAUUGUGGCGUCCAACUACCACCUCGAGAUCACGCCCUCGGACGUGGGCAACUAUGACCGUGUCGUCGUGCAGGACUUGCUCAAGGAGGUGGCGCAGACGCAGCAGGUGGACCAGUCGGCGCGGCAAAAGUUCAAGGUGGUGGUGAUCAACGAGGCGGACCACCUCACGCGCGACGCGCAGGCGGCGCUGCGCCGGACCAUGGAGAAGUACUCGCCCAACUUGCGGCUGAUCCUGCUGGCGAAUUCGACGGCCAAUAUCAUUGCGCCGAUUCGUUCGAGGACGCUGCUGGUCCGGGUGGCGGCGCCGACGCACGAUGAGAUUUGCGACGUGCUGGCUGUUUCGGCCAAGAAGCUCGGCUGGCCCGUGGUGACGGAGCUGAAUAUGCGGAUCGCCAGGGAGAGUGGGAGGAAUCUACGAAGAGCGCUGCUCAUGUACGAGGCUGUGCACGCGCAAAAUGAGAAAGUGACAGAGAAAACACCAAUUCCUCCGGCUGACUGGGAGGCGCUCAUAGGGCAGGUCGCCAGGGAGAUCAUCGAGGAGCACUCGCCCGCGCGCAUCAUGCAAGUCCGGUCGAAGCUGUACGAACUCCUGACACACUGCAUACCGGCGACGACAAUCCUCAAAACCCUGACGUUCAAGCUGCUGCCGAUGGUUGACGACGCGCUCAAGGGCGAGGUAAUACAGUGGUCGGCGUUCUACGAGCACAGGAUCAAGACGGGGACCAAGGUGAUUUUCCACUUGGAGGCAUUUGUGGCCAAGUUUAUGAGGGUGUACGAGAUGUACCUGAUGAGCAUGGACAUGUGA